AUGGUGAAGCUUUUCUGUUGUAUCGUUGGUGUGGCGGGAAGCGCGUUCUCCGUGGAAGUAAACGAAGGCAAAACCGUGGAUGACUUGAAGGAUGAAAUUGCGCGGAAACAGAAGUACGACUUCGCAGCCAGCAAGCUGCAGCUCUUCCUGGCGAAGGCAGGGGGCAACGCAUGGCUGUCGAACCUCACUGAAGAUGUGAAGAAGCUGAAGAAUGGCGAGAAGACUGCUCUCGUCGAAUCUCUAACGCAGAGAGACGAGCUGCAGGAGAGAAUCCGAUUUAUGAGUGUCUGG